UUAAAACCAAAUUUGUAUUUGUCUUGAUUUAACCGCUUAUCAAAAAGCCUAUGUGCAACUUCAGCCGUUGGUUGGUGUGCUUUCAACCCGAAGGUACCUUGUGUGCUGGGGGGAUGUGAGCAGUGGUGUAUGAGAUUAUUUGGAAGAAGAAAGAAUAAGAGCAAAAGAUGAGCCGACGACUCAGAACAGACCAUUAAUUCUUAACUAAAUGUCAGACACAGCGUCUGAGUAUGCAUGUUAUAUUCUGAAUAAGUAUUUUGGUGAAGCUGCCACAGUGAGCACACAUAUUCUGUGUGUUAAAGGUGCGUCAAGUUUGUUGGAAAUUUUAAAGGAUUCCCAUAAGAAGUUACACCCUAGCCGAGUUUGCAAAUGUCUUAUUUCACUUACUAGACAUUCCGUUCUAACUAUAAGGAAAGAUUUGAUGUUAAAAUACAGUUUGAAUUAUGAACGAAUAUUUUUUGUACCAAGACUUCCAUUGUUUUGCAAACUUGUGUUUCACUAUUAUGGCAAAGUUGCUGAACAGGCUAUGAUUUAUUUCUCUAUGGUUGGACGCGGGUCUCUAGGUGACCUGUUUGUGUAUUGUGUUAAAAAACAUUUGGAUCGUAAACUCCCUGUAGAAGAACAACACAGCUAUGUUGAAGCUUUAGGAACCACUGUAACUACUCUUGUUAAGACCAAUGUCCUUCAAAUUGUAAAUCCGAAACUUUGGUUAGAUGAUCCUAACAAAGAAACUACUGCUUCAAAUGUAUCUUCCCGAACAACUGAUACACCUGUAAAUGUGGCUGGUUCGGAGUCUGAAAUAAAAAUACCAAAAGAGGAUAUAUGUGAGGCGUUACAUAAUUAUAUUUCCAGUGGAUUCGUUAACUGGCCUAUUACAAACGAAAGAACUAGUGAACCAGUACGUAAACGUGCAAAACGUCAUGAUGAAUCAUCCGAGUUAGUUAAAUCCCUGAAAUUGGUAGUCUGUCCAAAUAUUCAAACAUUGGAGACAAUGUGGAGAGAUCGAUUAAUAUGUCAAUUGGCAAGUGAAAAACUUGGUGAGAUAUGUGGUGAUAUUCUGUCACAUUUAUUAUGUAUUGCUACAGCGGCCAAUAGGGGUACAGGAAUUAACUCACCAGAAUCAGGAGCUGUUUCACGUUCAGAGCUUUUGCGAAGUAUGCGAACUGUACCAGAUCAUAUAGCUUCGUAUAUAUCCUUACUGAUAGAUGAUGAGGUGAAAUUUAUUUUGCAACAACCUGGUCUAGCUGGUUACAUGUACACAUGUCCUUAUAAAUUUGUUGUUAAACAAUUAUUUAUCAAAAAUGUGGAGUAUAUCAUUCAAGUUCUCUUUGAAAGUAAUGGAUUACGUGUUUUCCGAUAUCUUCUGCUUGCUGGGCCUUCAAAUUUAGAAGAGAUUGAACGAAAAGUGUUGCUUCCUCAAAGUGAUUUUCGACGAAUACUACCACGUAUGGUAUCUAUGGGACUUAUUACAACAACUGAAUUAUCGCGAACGAAGGAAUAUACAGCAGAUACUAUCUUUUGUUUGUAUUCGAUUAACUUAUUGCAAGUUGCUCGAUUAGUAAUUGAACUUUCACAACAUGAGGUUUAUCGCAUCUCGUUACGUCGUGAUUAUGAAUUUUCACAGAAAAGUCGUUUAAUCGAACAACGUUACCGUAUUGAAUCACUUAUUCUGCAACAUCAAGCUAAGCUGAGUGAAUAUAACGAAUCAUCAUCUGCUGUAUCGCCUAAUGAUUCGAACGAUUCUGAAUCACAACACAAAGAAAGUGUAGAAUCUUUGAAAUCGUCUAUCACACCUGCUGAACUGCAUCAAUUAACAGUUUUAUCAAAUAAAUUAUCAAAGUUAAUCAGCUGUGAGUACAAGUGUCAUACUGCAUGGUUCGUAGCUGAUCUUUUCCUUCGUUUACAUUCCUAAUGAGAUCGCAUGUAAAAAUAUAUUUUCUCUAAUUGUAUGUAAAUAGUUUCCAUGCUAAUUUACUCAAAGCUUCCUAAUGCAUUGAAUAUGAACAGAUUUUGUGAAUUUUUUCAGAAUCUCAACAUAUGUAUUACGAUUUGAGGAAACGACUUUCUGGUUUACCAUUACUUUUGUAACAAAUAAAUCAUGUUUAUUCGAAUAAAGUAUUG